AUGCCUACAGUGGUUUUAAUGGACGUGUCACUGUCCAUGACACGACCAGUGUCCCUGGAUGGCAUCGAGGAGUUCCAGAGGAAGAACCUGGCUGUCCACGGACUCAACAUGCUGUUUGAACACAUGGCUUCCAACUAUCGCUUGGAGUUCACCGCACUGAUGGCCUUCUCCUCCCUCUGGGAGCUGCUGGUGCCUUUCACUAGGGAUUACAAUGCGUUACAGGAGGCACUUAGUAACUUGGAAGACUAUGACAAAACAUGUCUUGAGCUGGCUCUACAAGGAGUUAGUAGCGUUGUUCAGCAGGAGUGGGGCAAUGGCUGUCCCUGUCAGGUGGUGUUGGUUACAGACGGAUCUCUUGGGAUUGGAAAGGGUUCCCUACGCCACUCUCUUCAAACCCUGAAACAUCGUGGUGAUGACAAAAAGUUUCCACUCCCUUACCCGUUCCCCACCAAAAUGUUCAUCCUGUGUAUAGCCAAUGCAGAGGAGUUGCAAAUGACUGACGCCAUGGAAAACCUGGAGGAGCUCCUUCGACUCAGUGGAGGGGAUGGACAGAUCUUCACUGUGGAUGGACCACUUUGCAUGAAGAGUGUACAAGCAAUGUUUGGGAUGCUGAUUGACCGGGCGUACUCCCCCUUUCACGCGGUUCUGCACUGCGGGAAUCUGUCUUCAGACGUUCAGGUGUUCCCCCGUCCCGAGCCAGUGGUGGUGGACGAGGAGGUGGAGCCUAUUCCCAGAGCUGUCAGCACAGAUUUGGAAAUUGUGGGCUUCAUUGAAAUUGCUGACAUCUCCAGCCCUCCUGUAAUAUCCAGACACUUGGUUCUUCCCAUUGCUGUUAACAAAGAAGUGGAUGAAGUUGGCACAGGAACCACUGAUGAACUUGAAGAGGAACCUUCAGCGAGCCAAAUGGCUGGGAAAAGUCCAAAUUUUUGUGUUCUUUUACAUGGAAGUCUAAAGGUUGAGGGGAUGGUGGCUCUGGUCCAACUAGGGCCGGAGUGGUUUGGCAUGUUGUACUCCCAAGCAGACAGCAAGAAGAAGUCAAACCUGAUGAUGUCUUUGUUUGAGCCUGGUUCCGAUCCUCUACCUUGGCUAGGCAAGAUUUCACAUCUGGGACCAGUUUCAGAGGCUGCUGAAAAUCCGUACGGAGAGGAUGACAGUAAAAGUCCAUUCCCUGUGCAGCCACAGGUCAAGCGAAGCUAUGCUCAGAAUGUCACCGUGUGGAUAAAAGCCAGCGGACUGCAGACUGAUGUUCAGAAGAUCUUGAGGAACGCAAGGAAAUUACCUGAUAAAACUCAGACCUUCUAUAAGGAGCUAAACCGUCUGCGGAAAGCUGCCUUGGCUUUUGGUUUUUGGGAGCUCCUGAAGGGCGUGGCCGAACUGCUGGAGAGGGAGUGCACCAUGCUGCCCGACUCCGCCCAUCCAGAUGCUGCUUUCCAGCUCUCUCAUGCCGCACACCAACUCAAACUAGCCAGUUCUGGUGACUCCCAGUAUGCAGCUUUUGAUCACAACAUUGUCCCCAUGCACACAGACUUCUCAAGCUGAGUCACAAUGUAUAAGCUGAUACUGAGCCAGAGUGAACUGAAACCAUACAAACAGGGCUUGUACAAAAUGUCUGUUGGGAAACUGAAAGUGUUGCACAUAUUUUGUUUUUUACAUGUUUCUGUAUAGAAUAUAUUUCCCAAAUUGACCACUAAUUAAAUUACUCAUUUUUCUAAAAUGUU